ACAAAACUGCGUGACUGUGUGUGUGUGUGUCCGUAGCAGUGCACAGGAAGAAUGUGUAAUUGUUACGAAAAGCCAAAUGGAAGCGAAAUUGUACUGCAAUGCAUGUUGUGAGUGUGCAAUAAUACACCAUUGCACCAAGUGAAAAGUCAGUUGAAUGAGAAUCACAAUCGAAAGCGGAAUCACACAAAAACAAAUCAAUCUUUGCAUACAAUAACAACAAACAAAAUAUUUUAAGCGUGAGUAUUAAAUCCCAGAAACUUACGAAAAGUGCCACCGAAAAUCGCCCAAGGAUCCUCGCCAGCUGCCGCGAUGGGCAAGCGCCUCCAAUUGGAGCGCCCGACCACGGAUCGCAGUGCACGCAAGCGAAAGCGUUCUGCGGUCAAGGCCGCCGAGAAGCGCCAGCGCUUGAGUGGUGGUUCCAGCAGCGCCAAUGGCUUCGAGUUCCAUGAGAACGACGAUGAGGAGUCCUGCUCCUCGGCAGGAUCUGCUGCCGGCACUGAGGCUGAUCCCCCCACACUACUGCACACCCCGCAGGCACGCAGUCUGCUCUUGACGGGAGCCAGCAUUGCCAGCGAUCACAACAACUCCAGUGUGAUGGAGUCACCACGCCCGGUCUACACGCUCCGACCCUCGGUGGUCAACGGAACCAUUCUGAGAGAUGUGCUCUCCAAGGCCUGGCGCUUGGGCCGACCCAUAGGAAAGGGCAACUUUGGCGAGAUCUUCCUAGCCUCGGACGACACUGUUUGCCCUGCCAGCUCGGAGACAGCCAAGUACGUGGUCAAAAUUGAGCCGCAUUCAAAUGGGCCUCUGUUUGUUGAGAUUCACUGUCUGAUCAAUACAUCCCGGAACAAUGAUUUAUCAGAUGCCGCAGAAGAUGCUGCAAGCCUGCCAGCCCCACAGACGCAUGUCCUCAGCAGGGGACCGCCCUCCGGAAUUCCCAGCUUUAUUGCGUCGGGCACCCACUAUUUUGGAGACGUUCGCUACCGCUUUCUAGUGUUGCCGCGCUUCGAUCGCGAUCUGCACUCGCUGAUCAAGAACUCAAGGGUGCAGCAGAAGUCACUCCUAGUGCUUGCCGUACACAUCAUCAAUGUCCUAGAGAAUCUGCACGACAAGGGUUACUGUCAUAAUGACAUCAAGGCACAGAAUCUAAUGGUGUCCAAGUGCAAGUACCUUAGAAGGCAGGUAGUGCCCAAGGGUAAUGGCUACGAGGAUCACUACGAGGAGAAGCAGCAGACCACGGACAGUGGCAACAGCUCAGAGCAGGAGACCAACGACGAUGACUACUUCCUGAAGAGCGAAAAGUUCGCGCUAAAAAAGAUUGUCGAUAUUAAGCAGGAUGAAGACGAAGACGACGAGGACUUCGAUGAUGGCGCCACGUCAAACAGCAACAAUAGCAACAGCCUAGACGUCUUCCACACUCCAGUGAACAAAAAGCGAUCCGCACGCAAUGCAAUCCAGUUCAGCGGCUCCAAUCCAGUGCGCGCCUGCCGUCGUGAAAAGCGCAACUCCAUGUAUGAGGAGAUGGUUAAGUCGCACUAUUUGCGACCCACCAAGCGGAUUAGUUAUCGCGAGGAGUUUAACGAAGACGGUUACCCCAAGGAAACAGCGGAAAAUAGUGAUGAAUCGCCUGAAUCGUCUGAUAACGAGUCGGAUGAAUUUAUUCCCCCCUCGUCACGUCGCUCCGUUAUUAAAAGAGGCAGAAGCGCUCAGAUAGCCACACCGAAAAAAACGCCGGUUUCGACGCGGGCUAGCCGCCAGGAGAAGGUAAAGAAGGAACCGAACGGUGAUCAAAAACUACGCAGCAGGGGCAGCAAGCACUUGGACAACAACCCGACGGAGUACAAGUUCCUGCCCACUGAGGAGGAACAUGUGUUUCUUAUCGACUUCGGCCUGGCGUCUAAGUUCCAGGAUCGCGGAGUUCACCGUCCUUUUAUAAUGGAUCAGCGAAGGGCGCACGACGGCACGCUAGAGUUUACGUCACGUGACGCCCACCUGGGUGCCCAUUCGCGACGAAGUGAUCUGGAGUGCCUAGGCUACAACCUGUUGUACUGGUCCGAGGGUUAUUUGCCGUGGAAGGACGUGGCGCAGCAGCAGCAGCAGGAGAAAGUGCAUCGCGCUAAGGAGCUGUUUAUGACGGAUGUGCCGGAGAUGCUGCGACAGUUCUAUGGCAAGCAAGUUCCUAAAUAUCUGGGAGAGUUCCUGCUACAGAUCGGUCAGCUGGCAUACCAAGAGCGACCCAACUACGAGCGCUACCGCAAAAUCUUUAAGCGCGAGUACCAGCGCCUGGGUUACGAUCCCUGUCAAAUGCGUUUGAGCAGCGAGGAGAUCCUCCGCACCUGUGUCUCCACCAAGGACGUGGUGGAUGGCAGCAAGUGUGACAUCUUCGAGCUGAACAACAAGGCAGCCGUGAAUGUGAUGCGAAACUCAACGCUAAGCACUCCGUUCCAGGAGCACUCACUUACGAACCGCGUGUCGCCCAAGAAUCUGCGUUCCAAGUCGAAUAAGAAAACGACGAAAAAGAAGUUUUCGUGGGCGGAGGUGCUAUCGCAGGAUCCUGAUCAAAUAGCCCGCGAAAGGGCAGUGAAGGAGUUUGAGCGGGAGGAGACCAUCUGCCCGCUGGAAUCCCGUCUUCCAAGGCGCUAUGAAGGUAAACCCACUUACGCGAUACUAGACAUGGAGCAGAGGCGUCGCGAAAAGGGUUUGGUUGUCCAGGAGCAUAUUGAGGAGGAAGAGGAGGACGCAGACGAAGACGAUGAAGAGGAGAACCAGGAGGCAAUGGACAUUGAUCAAGAGGAGGAUGGAGAGGCGGCAGAUAGCGCCGAAGGCGAGGAUGAAUCGGAUAGAUCAAUGGAGGGCAGUGACUGCUCCGAUCAUUCCCAGAAACGUGCGCGUGGUCGUCCCAAGGGCACAUCUCGGAAGCAAACCACCAGCAGGCAGGCCCAGCCCCACCAAAACCAGCCGCCGGUGAAGGUCCAUCGCGGAGUGGGUCGUCCGGGCAAGAACUCGGGCGUCGUCAAACUGGCCGCCGGAGCCGUUAGCAAGAACCGCACUACGCCGCUAUCGGCAGUGGCCAGUAACAAACGUGGCUGCGCCACACGCAAGGAGAAUUCCACUCUGGCAUCGGCCACCGGCGAGGGAGAGCGAAAGCUGAAGUCAGGCCGUACGCGCAGAGCUCUUUAUAAGACUGAACCCAAACACGGCGAGCACGAUGCGGAGAAUAACUCGAGUCUGCUCGUUGUGCAGAACCUGUACGGCGAAUACGAUGACGAGAACAACUACGGCAAGGGGCGGAGUGUCCACUCGUCCAGACACUGUCGCAAAUAAUUGCCAGAUGACACUUAGAAAUAGGGACUAAUAGACGGAUCAUUAGGAAGUCGGACGAUAAAUGGAAACAGAACAGAACAGAACGGAACGGAAAAGAAUAAAUCUAAAUUCGCUUUCAAGUAUUUUUAGUGGUAAUUAAGGAACGAACAGGACAGAUCCUACUUAUAAUCAUACUUCGGACCUGUCGGCAGGCGAGGCAUGGACACGAACUAGUGAGACCGACAACAUGUUGUGUAAUUUUGGUUUUUAAACAUUUUAUCGAUAAGUUGACAUUAGGUUUUUUGAUUGGCACUCUCAGCUCCAUAGGGAAGAUGUUGUUGAAUUAUCCAUUAUACCAUGUACGAGUAGUCCCCAGAUGUAAGAGAUGUUUAUAUGUUUAGCAGGUGCACAGGAGCAGUGCGCCAUUGGCCUUGAUAGGAAAUCCAUGAUUUUUUAUAUAUUACAUUUAUUUUCGAGUUUUGUGUUAGUUUCGUUAGGCUAUCAACAACCAUAUUAUAGACCACAUGUACGACUCGUUUCACCCACAUUUCAUGCAGCCAGGUACAUACUCUCCUCAAAAAGUAUUUAAUAUAACUAGAUAAUGGUUAUUUCAUAAAAACAAUACAAAUCUAAGCUAGGAUAUGCGUGUAUAAACAGCAGCGGAAAUAAAUAAACUAGAAAUGUAUUUCCUUAACAAUC